AUGGCGAAGCUGCAGAAACUUCGAUAUUUUGAAAUUACUAAAGAUGCUUUCCACGAUCAAAUUAUGGCUGCUCUUCGACUGGAUGAGCCUCUGCUGAUUUAUGCUAACUCAUCGAAGCUUUCUCAAGAGUCUUGGAAGAAAGUGAUGACGCUGGUCACGACAAAGGAUAUUUUCUCAAUCAUCGACUUUGAAGAUGUUUUCCGAGCACUCGAUCCAACUGGUUAUUAUAAAAACAUGAGCAAAGUGCGCGACACCGCCAUCGAAAAGAUCCAACAACGAUGGCUAACACAGAUGGUCUUUGUUCUCGCAAUUGAUCCAUCUCAUCUUCCAGAAAUCAACAAGCACUUGCCCUCAUCAUUCCGAAUCAACGUGGAUCGUUGGGAAGAAUCCGACUGGAUGACCACAGCGCAUCACUUGAUCAAAAGUCCUGGAAAAAUAAACCAAGUUUGCACCAUCUUCGCGGCGUACAUGACAAAACUACCAGUUCAUUUCUCGCCCGAGUACGGCUCCAAGAUCUUGAAAGAAUACGAUGAGCUCGUGAAAAUCAAGUCACAGCAGAUUUCAGCGGAAUUAGAGGAAACUAAAGCCGUGAAUAACUCAAUUCAGGAGGCGCACGAUGCAUUUAGCCGAAGAACUCUAGAAUACAAUGAUGAUAAAGAACGACUCGACGCAAUGGUUAAAAACCUCGAAGAACUGAGAAAAGCAUCUGAUGAUGCGCUUGAAGAAUACAGAACUAACUUCAACAAAAACCUCGAAAUCGAGCAGCGAUUUUCCCAUCUCCAGCAAAUCGUCAACGUUUUACGAGAAGAGACGGAUAUUUCCAGCCGAGUCCAUCCGCUGUUCCAAAAGGCGCAAAAUGUUCUGAAAAACUUGGACAUUCGCGAUUUUGAAGAAAUCCGAACUUAUCGAAAGCCUCCAGCAUCGGUUGUUCUCGUCGUCGAGUCCAUCUGCUUGUUGUUCAACGAAGAGCCGACUUUUGAAUGCGGAACGACUUUGCUCCACAAAGACAACUUUUUCCUCGAGCUGGAAUUUUUCGAAAAAGAAAAAGUAACAAAACAAGCGUUUCAAAAACUCCGACAUCGGCUCGAACGCGUCGACGAAAAGAAGUCGCCAAUGCGUCUAAACCCGCUUUGGGGCUGCUUCACUGGCUUCAAGCAAUCGUCGGCUUCUCCACAACUUACAACGAAAUGCUUCCAACGCUCAAGCGGCUGA